CGAAAGCUCUUUCAGCUUCGUCUGAAAACCAAUAUGAACGAUCUAUUUUGACUCCCCUUCUGCUGAAUAGAUUUACUUCGUUCAGUAUUCUGAACGUGUUCCGCGUUGAAUGUGUGCGGCGUCGAGGAAAUCCUCUAAGGCUGAAAAUCGCACAUGCUAAUAUCGAUCUUGGGACACAGAAAAGAAACGAGGAUUAAUUUAAACGUAUAAUUUAAUUGAUAUGUGUGAUUUGUUGUAAUUUAACGUUUGAACUAUGUGUUCCGCUCCGUUUCGGUUGCGCGUAACCCUCAAAUUAUAAAUAUGGGUUAAAUAUUAAAUCGAUAUCAAAAAAUAUUCGUAUUUAUAUAAAUGUUGUGAGAAUAAAGCCAAAGCUCAAGAUUUGUUCUAUUUUCCUAUAUAAAGUCGAGCGUCUUCAGUCCACUUGUACCUCAGCCUAAUUCUUAAACGUUAAUAAAUCGUUUUCGUACUAAAAAUACGUAUACGAACGACAUAUGUAAAAUUUCGGAGUUAUUUAUAAAUAACGCGUACGUAUUUAAUUGCUCUGCGAACAUUCCCAUACAACAAAUUUCUGUACCUCAACCGUGAAAAUGGCAAACGCGAAAUCGACGGAGAUCACGAAAAAUGGACACGAACUCGCGCCAUUAAACAAUACGCGCCAAGGUCCUGACGGCGGACGUCCCGGUGUUACCAUAGUACUACAAGGACCUCGAGGAUCAAUUAUCUCUCGUGGGAGCGGUGCGGCCGACCAAGAUCCUGAUCGGGCAGCAUGGUCCGGAAAAAUGCAGUUCUUCCUAUCAAUUAUAGGAUACUCGGUUGGUUUGGGAAAUAUUUGGAGGUUUCCUUAUCUUUGCCAACAAAACGGAGGAGGUGCAUUUCUAAUACCCUUCUUCAUAAUGUUAAUAUUGGAAGGCAUUCCACUAUUCCUAAUCGAACUUGGAAUCGGACAAAAGAUGCGCCUCGGAUCGCUGGGGGUGUGGAACACGAUCCACCCUUGGCUGGGCGGUAUCGGAAUUUCGUCGUGUACGGUAACAUUUUUCGUCGCCCUUUACUACAACGUUAUAAUCACGUGGUGCUUUUACUACUUCUUCAACAGCUUUCAGUCGCCCCUGCCGUGGGCGAGUUGUCCCAGUAUUAAUACCACAGGCGGUCUGGAGUGUGCGACGUCGUCGGAAACGGAAUACUUCUGGUACAGGACGACUCUCGACGCCUCGCGGUCAAUUACGGAACCUGGAUUGCCAAAGUGGUGGAUCGUGCUUUGUUUGUUAUUAGCGUGGCUAACUGUAUUCUUUAUUGUUAUGAAAGGAAUUCAAAGUUCCGGAAAGGUUGUUUAUUUCACAUCUCUAUUUCCGUACAUAGUAUUGACAAUAUUUUUUAUAAAAGCGCUUACAUUGGAAGGUGCCGGUGUGGGUUUGACCCACAUGUACACUCCAAAGCUUGAAAAGCUGUUAGAUCCAAGAGUGUGGCUUGACGCCGCCACACAAGUAUUUUAUUCGUUUGGAUUGGCAUUUGGAUCAAUAAUUGCAUUUGGUUCCUACAACCCUCCAAAGAAUAAUUGUUUUAGAGACGUCAUUUUAGUAUCAAUAUGUAAUGCGUUUACCGCAAUCUAUGCAAGUGCGGUAAUCUUUUCCAUUCUUGGAUUCAUGGCUGUGACAAAUGUUCCAAAAUGUAUCGAACGUAACAAAUUGAAGAUGAUUGCAGAAGAAAUUAUCGGUCAGAAUGCAACGGAAGAGAUCUACAACUCUGCCCUGGCCAAUAUCUCGAGUGAGAGAUUUGACUAUUUGAAAUUGCAAAACUGCUCGCUAUCGCAUCAACUGGAAAACGCGGCCGAAGGUACCGGUCUCGCAUUUAUUGUCUUUACACAAGCAAUUGUCGAACUUCCUUGGGCGCCAUUUUGGGCGAUUAUAUUUUUCCUAAUGUUAUUGGCUCUCGGUUUGGGUUCUCAAAUUGGAAUGUUGGAAGGGAUGUUAUGUACACUUUUCGAUAUUGAAAUAUUUAAAAGGAUGAGCAAACCUCUGGUUACAGGUGUACUUUGCCUGGUUUGCUUCCUGUUGGGGUUGGUAUUUACGACAGGCGCUGGCGGAUACUGGUUAAAGAUGUUUGAUGCUUUUGCUGGAACGGUUGGGCUGGUCGUGGUUGCCUUUACAGAAAUGGUGGCGAUCUCGUAUAUUUACGGUUGUGAUAAAUUUAUUAAAGAUAUAUACGAAAUGACAGGUUAUAAACCUGGAUUGUUUUGGAGGGUCACGUGGCGAUAUUUGGCACCGGCGAUCAUGCUGGCCAUCUUGGGUUCAUCUUUGGUAUUUAUGUGCAUUGAGCAUCCACAAUACCACGCCUGGACUCCCGAAUUGGGGCAAACCACGCCAACCGAUUUUCCAGGAUGGGCGCUGGCAAUUGCAAUUUUGAUGGUUUUGGCGGGAAUACUACCAAUUCCAAUGGUAUUCUUAUUGAGACGUUAUCAAUGCUUGAAGAUAGAUAUAAAUAUACACGAAGGCUCCAUUAGACGAAUAGACACCACAGUUUCCACCAAGGAAAUGAUGACGGAUGUAGACAUGGACGAGUACGACGCCGAUCGCCUACCAGAAUAUCGCGACAAUUCUGAUAGCGACGACGAUCCACCAGUCAAUAAAAGUAAUAAUGGGAAAGUUUUCCGUAUGGAAGUGAUGGAUGAUUAUUAAAGAGAUGCUCAAUUUGUUUAUUGUAAUUUAUUUUUCAAUUAACGUCCGCUUUAUUUAAUGUAUAGAGGAGUUAUAAUUAUUGAACAAAUCGAUAUUAUAAUAAUUAUACUGUCAACUUAAAUAAAUGUUGAAUAGUUUUAUAAUCAAUGUUUUCAUAAAGUUAAAGUUUUUAAAACCAUAUUUUUCUAUUUCAUGUGCUGUAAUAAUGUUUAUAGUGAUUUUAAUGUAAAUUAGUAAUAUGUGAUAGACAUGCAAAUAUUAUUGUUAGUGUCAUAGUAAUGCAUAUUACGUUACCAAUUUUUUAAUGGUUGUGUAUUGUCAUUGUGCACUUUAAAUUGCCCAUCCACUUUCUAAUUUCUCAAUGGUAAAAACCAUGCUAGUUUCUAAGAGCAUCUUUUUAACGUCGAUGCAUUAUCGUUAACAUAGCUAUUUAGCAUUUGUUGAUGUAAACAGUUGACUUAUUUCAUUUGUAAAUAGUGUACAUAUCUAUAAGUACUUAAUUUAUAGUAAUUUUAGUAAAUUAGUAUUUUAGUUAGAUUAGGUAUUUGCCUUGGAGUUUUAGGCCAAAGCCUAGUGCGCGUCAUUUAGGAACAUAAAGAGAUUUAUCUCGGCUUAAACUCAGUAUAUAUAUCUUCCUGUAAAACUAGCUACCUUACAAAAAAUACUUCAAACCCCUUUAAUAAUAGUAAAUCAAAUCAAGCAUGCAGGGUGAUAACAACAAAAUAGUGUGGAACAUAAAAUGACAAUACUUUCAGCUGUGUAUUGAUACAUCGUUUGAGAGGAUGUGUUACAAACCCUUAAAUUAUUACGUACGGUUAGUUUUUACCUGAUAAAUUGGAACAGUAGAUAUUUUUUAAUCCGUAAACCAUAAUUUCAUUAGAAACUCAUUGUUUUAAAUUCAAUACAGCGAUCUCUCUUAUGUUCGUAGAGGAUGAUCAUUUAAGGGUAAUUGUCACGAUUUAGAAUACGGCUGUUGGAAAUUAUAGCUAUUGUAACUAGGUUUUUGAAGUUUUGAUAGAGACAAAUCGAAAGCGUUAUUUAUUAUAUUUAGAUAAGUAUAUGUCAAACAGCAACAAUUAGUUUUUGCUACUCGUUUCCUAUGUGUAGAUCGAAAAUUUAGACUCUUUAGUUACAAUUUACGAUUUAGUAAAACUAAAAUGUGGUAAUAAGUUACCUUUUCGCCUUUUAAAGGCAUCAAUAUGAAAAUAAGUAUUACAAAUGGCAAAAUAACUCAAUUAAUGGUCUUAUCUAGAUGUGUUAUAGCGGUUUCUGUAAUAGAUUUUUUAGCAUUUUAUUUUUCAAUAAAAUUUGAAGCAGCCCA